AUGCUGUGCGGUGACGCCGUUUCAUUCAGAAUUGUGCCCAAGAGCAGCGAUGACCAGUCAGUAAUUCACCACGCCAAGCGCUGCCCCAUUCCCGUGUGCAGUAAUGCUACGGGCCCGGCUCAUCUCAUUGCGGUUAGUUUAAACACUGAUGCUGUUUUCUUCUUUCUUUGCCACCUGCAAAUGCAAGGGGAGAACAAGUGGGAAAACAGCCUCAUAGCAACCUAUCAGUGUAAACCGCGAAACCUGCGGUUCCGCAAAGGUUUUUACCCCGUCUGUGCAUUUUAUUGGGUGGAAAAUGUGUGGGGGGACAGAGGAGAUAAUGGAAGUCAGGCGCCAUAUCGGGGUUUGCUGCUUACGCCGUUUACGGCGAGUGACCCGCACCGGCAGCAGCGGUGUGCUACAAAAAGCAGUGAGUCCGCCACUCCUUCGACUCGCCGGAUCCUUUGCAUCACGUCAAUUAGCAUAGAUCUCCUUGGGAUACCGUACGGUGCUAAGAGUGCUGAAAACAAAGAUGGCUGGGUGCUUUUAUGCCGCUACACGACGCACACAGACUACUGGCACUACUGUCCAGCAGCUAUGGCUAUACUGUCAAUUAAUAUGCUGAAACCGUGGCACGUAAAGGUGUUUGAGCUUCAGGGAGAACAGGGGCUUCGUAGGCUGCCGUCAUUAAGGCUGGAGGAGAACUUUCUGGCGGCUGAAGGGGAGCGGGAGACGACGGCCUCUUCACUACUCCCAGCUGCCGCAUGUAUGAACGCACCUCCUGUGCGAUAUCCUGUUGUUCUGCUUGCGCUGUACCAGCAGCUGUUUGUCUGUAGCCUUUCACGGAGGAGUAGCGGCGUUACAUUGUUUCGCUACGUUCCUUCUGCGGAUGAUGGAAAGAGCGGGGGUGUUAGUUCUUUCACGAUGCACGCAGUGUUGCGCACUGACUUCCAACUGCAUAUGCGUCGAGAGCCGAUCGCACUUCAGGUGAUCGAUAAUCUUGUUGUUUUGCAUGCCCCGCGUUUGGGCGUAUCGACAGCAUUUGACAUUCUUCACUGCGAGGAGGAUUGGGAAGAGGAUGCCAACCAUGACUGUUCAUGGCAUACCAACGCUUCUGGUGCACGAGGCUCAGUUGGGGAAUCUGAAAUGCAGCGUCGCUCAGGGGUUAUCUCGUCGGAUACGAUAAGUUCAGGAGAGGGGAAUGACCAAGCGGGGCGCAGGAUGUUCACGCAGUCCUCGUGGUUUUCAUGGCUGGCGAACAGAGUUCGGAAUAGCUGCGUGAGAAAAGGCCGUAUUUGCAUGUGUGACGAUGCUUCCGGGGCAGAAGUGGCGAUUCCUGUUAUGCAACCGCUGCUUAGUGCGGCACUUUCACUGCACCCAGGGGAACGCGUGGACAAGUUCAAUCCCAUUUCGUGUGAAGAUAAUGAGAUUUACAACCUCGAUUUUGUCUCUGGUGCACUGCCGUUGUUGCUCAACCGCCGCAGUGGUGCCGUGUGCCUCGUUGGUGUUAAUCCCUUUGCAUUAGCUGCUGUAAUGUCGCAGCCCUGUCAGCGUGUGCAGUUUUAUCUUAAUCGUAUGUACUGUGCUGGGAAGGCUGUUCACUCGCUUGUGUACGAUAUGCUUUUGAGGCGGAAACACCUUUCUGCUGUGGGCCGUACUUUCGAGUUAAUCACAGCUCACCAUGCGGCUCAUCACCACUUGCGGGCACCAUGCGGCAUAAAGGGUCCGCGAACCUCAACCAGCACGUUGCAUGAGGCCACUGUACGUGGAACACCGGGGAGGGAUACAUAUUCUCUGAUACCCCAGCAGGAGUUCAGCCGUACGGCUUUACUUACGGGUAAUCUUACCGCGCUCUGCCAUUGGCUUCCGGAGGAGGAUACGGAUGGACCGUUGCCGUAUUGCCCACCGUGGCGCUGCAGGAGUUCUCUGACGAUACAGGACAUCCUUGCGGCAUGUACAUCGUCUCAUGCCUCGACCCAUCGUCGUGAUGUUUCACUACUUGAGGAAAGCAUUGGUCAGGUUGGACUAGAGCGUGACGUGUUUACUCCUUUGGUUGACUCUGCGAUGCGUCACAUGAGAGAGGGUACACAAACGUACGCAGGGGAUGCGAUGGAUGCGGGGUCGCUUGCUUCGACCAGCGGUUCGGCUUCCGCGCACUUGUGUUUCUGCCGGUACCUCUUUUACGCCCUACUGGAAUAUGCUCGUUGUGUGGUGGGCACCGGUGUUACACUGAUAGGUGGACUUCAGCAGGACCUCAUGCGCCUUUUCCCAUACGUCGCCGAUGGUUGUGGUCCUCUGAGGCAUUUCCUGCGGUCUACCGUCAUAACAGAUCAAUUACCCAUGGCUCUUCUCUUCCUGGAUAUGGGUGAGGAGUGGUGGCAGAUGGGCAUGGAUACGUUAGUGAGGCUCCGUGCCGAUGAUAAGAUUGUGGAGGUGCUGUUACAGGAAAAACGGCUUGUGGAGGCAGCGAAAUAUCUCUACUCUGUUGUGAGUCAUUCUCAGCAGGGACUCGGACCUACGGAGCGUCUCAUUCAUGCGCGACUGAUGGGAGACAUUUUCCGGUCGUCUCUGAAGAUAGUAGAGGAAGAAGAGGAAGAAUCUACUUUGCGCAUCAAUGGCACUAACCCUCACGCGAAGGACGGGCAAUGUGGUGGUGGUAACGGUAAUGUUGUUGCAGGUAGGGGGAGAAGGGGCCGAAAAGCAAUAGAAUUCAUGGCAGUGUAUGAGAUCAUCAUCGGCUGCUUGCUUCGCCAGCCACAUUUCGACGAGGCAGUGCCUCAGCAAUUAGUUCCCGCGACAGCGAAGUAUCGACAGUUGUUAGCAGAAGGGGGUGUCAAUGCGGUGUGA